CGGAUUCAUUUCAGCGGAUGUGGAAAUUAUAUCCUUGAUUCAGAUCCCCAGCCAGACCGCCCAAGGCGCGCUUGUUAUACGUACAACAGUACGAAGCUAUCGGCAACCUCAACUGAAGGAGUGCUAGGAUCUUAGCGACAUGCCUAAGCAACGCCAAACUUGCACGCGAUGCAGCCAACGUCGGCAAAAGUGCGACCGAAGCAAGACGGGGAAGGCACCUUGCAGCCGAUGCGUUCAGAACAACGAGGGUCACCUGUGUAGUACGACAUGGGCUGGCGGCUAUGACCCAUCCAUACACCGGAAAUACCCUAGGAAAUCAUCACCGACUCAUUCAUGGCCUGCGAGCAGUGAGACUACCUCCUCGCUGGAUAAUCCCCCAGCUCUACCAGCUGUUGAACAGCUCAAAUUACCAGCUUUGACUCCUGAUAUCCUGACCCCGUCACGUGUUCACAAUCAGGCCCUACCCUCACAUUUCAGGCCCCAGACAUUGUUGGCAGGCCCACUCUCAGCUGUUGGACCAGAAGCUCUGUCGGCAGGCGCCUCUCGUUUCCCAGAGAUCACGAUAGGAGCACUCAUCUCAGACAAAGAUGUAUCGACGGUACCUCUACUGGACCAAGAGUCCAGAAACCAAGCUUGGGAGGCGCCAUUUCCUGAGAAGCUCGGAACUGCUGUGAACUCUGCCAGCUGUUUCUCGCCCGCUGCGAGAGCCGUUGAGACAGUGCAGAUGCAGUCACUCCUUCCUCCAAUAGAGAAGAUAUACCUCAUCAUAGACUAUCACGAGCAGUACUUGACAUACUGGGGCGGUGGCCUAUAUCACGGUCCUAGCCUCCGAAAACAGCUCCAGGAAGCAUGCAAUCGGUCAGGCAAGUUAGACUUACUGACUGUAGACUGGCGAUGGACGGGUCUUCUGUUCUCUAUCCUGUCUUCUGGUCUCAUUGGAUCACCAGAAAGCGUGUCGCUUGAGUGGGGCUUCUCGAUCGAAGAAAAAGUUCGGCUGUCACGAUUAUGGGGAGCUGCGACCGUUACCUCCCUAAAUCUUGGUGACUAUACGUCACAGUAUCAUCUCAAUUCAGUACAAGCCAUCAUGAGUUUACACGGCUUCGAGCAUCUUGUAGGGUCGUCAAAUCAAUGGGCUGCCUUGCGUAGCGUGGCCAUGGUUAUCGCAAGAGGGCUGGGUUUGCACCGAAUUAAUCCACAUCCCGACGACCAGAGGCUACCAUAUCUUAACGAGGAACAAAAAGAAGCAUUCCUCGAGCGCGAGAUCGGACGCCGCGUCUGGUACGCUGCAGCCACUCAGGAAUGGUUGUCCUCUAGCUCCCAGAGCUUCCCAGGAUACAACAUCCAGCGGAAGCAUUUCACUACAUCGAAACCGGCUGUCUUCGACGAGGAAACGGUCCUACCUGUUGAGGACGGCACGCCAACCUUCGCCGUGGUUGGUAACUACUUCUUCGAGUACGCCUAUUUGCUCCUUCAGUUUGGAGACGCCAUGCUCGAGGCCGAGAACUUGGACGACCAAUCAAGGUACAAUUUGAUCUUGAAAUGGGACGGGGAGCUACGAGCGAACUACGCAGAGAAGAUCCCCAAAUGCUUGUCACAUCGAACACCUCUCCAACCUCACUGGCCUAAAUGGGUCAGCUGGGCACGAAGACUACACGAAGCAUCAUGUAGCCACAAGAUCAUCAUGAUCCAUCAGAGCUUUCUGAACAAGAGCUUCAGAGAUGUGCGUUACACCUACAGCCGCUGGGCGUGUGCGACUGCCGCAAGACAUGUACUAUCGCUGUAUCCAAAGCGGGAACCGGACGAGCCGCAAUUUUGGGUCGAACAAGCUUUUUCCAUCACGGCUGGCAUCUGCCUUAUCCUUGAUCUGUUCUACCGCACCGAUUUCAACGCCGAAGCCCAGGAGUACCUCGCCUGCGUAAAACGAGCCGUCGUCUAUCUGGCUUCGUUCCCAACCAGCUCUGUCGCUAAUCACGGUGUACGAGUUUUGACCUCGCUGUUGCAGGAGUAUACCAAGAAGGUUGAAGCCGCGAGAGGCAGCACCCAAACGAGGCCCACUUCUCAAGCUUCAACAACUCAGGCUCCCCAAGCUCCAAACGGAUUCGAGAAUGCUUCACGGGCCGAGGCUGCGCUCCUACCUUCAACUCUGCCUGCAAACCCUGAAGCCCCCCUGUCGAACGAAGCGGCAUCUGCGUUCAACUUUGACAUCGAUAUGAUGGGAUUCGAAGACCUUUUGGAUGUUUUGCCAACUGAGAUGGGCGUUGAUGGCAACGCUUUCUACGAUACCAUGUUGUCUGCGGCCAACGGCUCAUACAACGGAGGCUGGUAAGCUCGGAACCACCAUACAGUCCUGAGCACGACCGGAAAGAAACACAAGAGUGGACGUUGAUGAUACCUUCCUGGAGUGUCAGCAUUAUACGCAGUUACCGAGGCACAAACAACCCCACCAACUGU